GGCUUCGCCCAUUACUUCGAUUAUCUUUAGAGCGAAAGGGGCAAAAUUUUUACAAAUAUUUCAGAAACACACAUACAGAUAUCUUCCAAAUUUGUGUAGUCCCCAAAAUUCGAAGCAAAACUUUAUGCAGGUCUGCUCGGGAGGUUGAUUCAAUCAUCAUGGACAAAAACCAGAAAUCGGAUGAACGCUUUGAUCAGUCCAUGUCCAGCAGCAGUCGUCGUGUCAUGUGGAAGCUCAGCGAGGAGGAUAUGGAGGAGACUUUCGACUCUGUGGUCACCUAUCGACGCUCCCCUGGACGCUGCAUACAUCCCUCAUCAAACCAGCAAAACAGAAAGCUGCUAUUCAAAGAGCCGACUUUAAAAAUCAACCAACCAUCUUCGACUUCGCUGCCAGAGGUAAAGGAGCCCAAAAGCUUUUCAAAGCGGUCGGUCCCGGGAAGAGAUGUCGCUUCGGAAGAGGAGGAGGAAGAGAAGGAUAAUAGGCUGUCUGUAAAACCCAGCUUGGCUCUGCGGUAUAGGCCCUCCUACGAAUCUCUUAAGUACAAGCGAAGCAAGGAUUUCGGAUCGGACCGAAUACCUAGUACUUCCCGCGGUUCAACGUCCAGCAAAGUUGUUUCGGACCUGAAAGUGGAGUCCUUUACCCUGCCGCCCCAGCAGUCGUGUGUGGUGCGUGAGGAGGCACCGAAGUUCGCUCAAGGAUUAAGCGUAGAGAAUGACUCCGAUUCAUGCUGCUCUGGUGAGCUGGAAGCCCCCAAGAACAGCCCCAUGCUGGACUCCAAUCCUCCGCAGCGCAUGCAAAACGACCUGGUCAGUGUUCAUAUAUCGGCGCCCACCACGUCCUCGUUGUCAGAGACGACGCGACGGGAUGGGACUUCCCCGUCCAAGCGCCGCUCAACGACGGGCAAGGUGGCCGCCGGUACAAAGGCUGGCUCACCCACAGCCGCAGAUGGCAAAAAAUGUCCCAGCACCAGCAGUGGGAGCACGGGUCCCCACUUGCCCAACUUCCGACAAAGGCAGCAGGAGCUCCAUCGUUAUCGCAUCCUCGUCGAGCAGCGGCGCCUGGAUCUCCUUGAGUUGAAGAUCGCUCGUGAAAGAGAGGAUGCAUUGCACAGCACAAUUCUCUUCCAUAAAAAAAUGCAGAUCAAAGAGUGCAAGAUCAAGGCAUACGAGGACAACGACUGUUCGGACGUAUAGGAAAAUGUUCUAAUUCAAUCUCUCCCAGUUCCCGGCAUUAAAAUCAUUAAAAACUAUUAAUUCCUACUAAAUUAACCUAACUUCCGGGAAAAAUAAAACACAAACAAUGCAAACACUAA